UUUUACAGCUGUGAGUCACAUACAGUAGAGAGCAUGCGCAAAUAAUAUAUUGGUUGUAAAGUGAAUUUCCGAUAGAAAGGUACGCGUGGUUUUCAUCAAGAAUUUGUAUAGAAGGAAUAAAUAUGAAAAUAGAUUUGAAAUUGAAUUCAUUUUGUGAAGAAAAUGUUGGUUUAUAAAUCUGGAAUCUGUUGCUUUCAUAGUCUUCAUACCUUGGGUAUACCAUGUAAUUUGGAAAAAGUAAAAGGGCUCUAUGACCCUUUCUGUCAAUAUGGGUGGAUCUAAAUUUGAUGAAAUAAGUGAAAAAGAUGUUGAGAUUGAACCAGAACCAGAGCCAAGGAAUUCACGGUGUCCUGAUGGAGGAUGGGGCUGGGUUAUUGUCCUGGCCGCCUUUUGUGCCAAUGUGGUCGUGGACGGCAUCUGCUUUACAGCAGGAAUGUACCACAAAGAAUGGAUGAGUUUCUUCAAUGUUCAUCAUGUGUCGGUGUCCAUGGUAACAUCUCUAUUGGUUGGAUGCUACUUACUGGCUGGUCCAGUAGCUGGUGUUUUAGCCAACAGAUUUGGUUGUCGGAAGGUAGUGAUGGGAGGGACAUUGAUCUCAGUGAUUGGUCUCUUGGUCAGUACUGUGUCGCCAAAUGUUGAAGUUCUUAUCAUUACAUUUGGUAUCAUUACAGGUAUUGGUUUUGGACUGAUCUAUUUACCAUCCAUAGUCAUUAUUGGUUAUUGGUUUGAGAAGAAGAGAGCUUUUGCCACAGGAAUGGCACUAUGUGGCUCUGGUAUUGGCACAUUAUUGUUCAGUAGUUUCAAUAAGUAUAUAUUUGAUGAGUAUGACAUAAAAAAUGGCACCGUUAUAUUAGCUGGUGUUGUUCUUCAGUGUGCAGUCUGUGGUGCUUGUUAUAGACCUUUAUAUAAGGCUAAAAGGACUCCAAGAAUGAAACGUGGAAUAGUCCAACAAGGACUCAUUAUGAAAGCUUUGAUUGCAGAGAAAGAACGACAAAGAACUAUUUCAAAUGGAUCUCUGGACAAUUGCAUAAUUACAAGGGAUAAUCGUUUGAUUAAAAUUGACAAAAUUGAAAUAGACAAGAUGAACAAAAGUAAUUCGUAUAUAAACAGACUGAAAGAACAUUUAGGAUUCAGUUCCCGAUCACUUAACAAAAUAAUCCCUGGUAUUAUGCGAGAUAAAUUUAUAUUUGACUCUAAACCUUCAACUCCAGUACAGGAGAAAAAGGAAUUCCCUCGAAGGAAACGGGAUUAUGAACGCAGACGGGACAGUGGAUGUGGGAGUUUAUGUGACUCGCCCCAAUCAGGAAAUAACCUACCUCAGGAAGACCCAUGGGAAAAAUUGUGUAGAGACGACUCUGUCAAAUUCCCUAAUGAAAAAGACAUUAAGGAAAAUGGAAGUUUGCUAGUUCCAGUCAAAAGAAAUGGAAGUUUUGGACCUCAGGAUAGUUUCCGUCCCUUGGAUUCUAAUCAUUUGACUCCGCCAACAACAACAAUCCUUGGUACUAGCCUUAUGUCAGCAAUGACAGGAUCUGAGUACGAUGCUAGUGUCCGCACACUGAUGAUGGAGUAUGAACAUCCUGUACCCGAAUGGAUAAGGAGCAUUUCUCAUAUGUUGGACUUGAGUUUGUUAAAAGAUAAAACCUUUAUCCUUUACGCAAGUGCUAGCUUCUUGAACAUGUUGGGUUUCUUUAUACCUUUCUUCUUCUUGCAAGACUUGAUAGAAUCCUUAAAUUUAAUGGACCACAAAGAUCCUGUUCCGAUUGUGUUCUCAGUGAUUGGACUUUCAAAUGCUAUUGGUAGGGUACUUGCUGGUUGGAUAGCAGAUCGACCUUGGGCGAAUGUGGUGUUUUUGAAUAAUGCUUCCUUGGUGCUGGCUGGAGUCAUGACAAUUAUUUGGCCAUUUUGUACAAGUGUAACCCAUUUGUCUUUAGUUGCUGUUGGAUUUGGCUCUUGUACAGCUGCUUUCUUGGCAUUAAGAUCUAUAGUUGUGGUAGAACUGUUUGGAUUACACAGACUAACAAGUACUUUCGGUUUACUUAUACUCUUUCAAGGUGUAGCUUCAGUCAUCGGCUCUCCUUUAGCAGGUUGGAUCAUUGAUUCAACAGGAAGUGUGAAUGCUGUUUAUUAUAUGGCCGGAGCAUGUUUGGCCACUGCUGGAGUGCUGGGUUGUCCACUGAGGAAGAAGAACGACAACAAUGACGUGGAGAUCCAAAACAGUUGUUACACUAGCCAACAUCUGGAUAUUGAAACGGUCAAGAUUGAAACAAAAAUGUAAUUUGACAUUUAUUUUCGGCAGGGAAACGUUUCACUUGGUGCUGCUGGAGUUUGUUUAACAUUGAAUGACAUUGAAUGAAACUUAUGAACUGGUUCUCUGUCUGACAAUGAAUGAAACUUAUGAACUGGUUCUCUGUCUGACAAUGGAUGAAACUGAUGAACUGGUUCUCUGCGUUCAGUCUCAAAAAACAUUUAAUUGACUACAUUUCAGACUUGGAAAUAAAUACAUUUGUUACAUCAUAUUUAAAUGCCUUUGUGUUAUGUGUUAAGGCUUUUGUUGUAAGGCUUUGUUAUGUAGAAAAAUUGUUUGUUUAUGAUAAUAUUGAAUAUUGUUGCAAUUGGAAGAACAAGGUUUGAACCAGAGAUUAAGGUUAAAUGUUUAUCUUAUUUUCUGAUAUCCAAGGACUACUUACUUUAUUAAAUACAAUGAUGUAAGAAUAUUGUCAUAGAAUAUUUAACACGGGUUUACUUACACAUCAGCAAUUUUCCUCGAUUAGUGUUCAAAAUUUAAUAAACUUGGAUAUCAGAAAUAUAACAGAAUAAACAAUGACGAAUGCUUAUUUGGUAUGAUUUUUUGGUACAAUGGUUUUGAUUGAACGUUAAAAAAUGAAUGACAUUUAUUUUGUACUGAAGAAAUUGUUUUAACAACUGUGGAAAAUGUACGAUAUGAAAUGUACAAAGUUAAUGAGAGACGGAUUGUGAAUGUAUAAAGUGAUUUAUUGGUGACAUUUCUUCAUUUAAUCUGAAAAAUGCUUAUAUGUUGUCUGUAUGUUGUUUAGCUUAGGUAUUUUCAUUACUUAUUCUAACAUAAACAAAGAUUUCAUGUUGUAUAGAGAUGAUUUACUAUAUCAUUCAUCUUUAUAAUGACAGCAUAAAGCUAAAGAAUGAUUUUGUUUCCUAAAUUUUGCAAACCUUGUGGAAUCAUGUGAAAAAUAUUGUUGUUAAGAUUUUGAAGAAAAUUUUAAAUUAAUUUGAAGUUUUAGUCUAUUUGUUAAUUGAUAUAAUUUUUAUUGAUAAAUUUGUUGCACAUUUUUUAUAAUGAUCAGGAAUCAUCUUUAUAGAAAUUUUAAAAACUUCAACAAAAAAAUAAUUUAUUACUGAGACUUGAAGGUUUUUAUAAUUUAUUUCCUAUUUGCCUCUUUUUUUAUUUCUUAGCAUAGUAUAUAGUUUUCUUACUGAAAAUGACUUUUUAAGUGCUAUAUGUUUAUAUAUUAACUUUUUAUGUAUAUUUUUGAAUGUGUAUACAUGUGCUGUGUAGUGAUAAUUUUUAGUUAUGUGUAUGAGGUAUAUUGUUUUACACCUGUUUUAACCUGUGCGUGUAGUACAGGUAGAAAUACUCCAUCAUUAGUUAUGAUUUUUCACAACUGCCUAUAUGUAUGAAAGCAAUUGGAGUAAUUUGUGAUAAGGAUUUUUUGUUUUGUUUUUCAAGUUUAUGUCGCAUAAGUAAGAAAAGGUAGUAUUUUUCAACUUAAAGAUAAUAUUGCAUAGGAAAGAAGUGAGUAACAGGAAUUCUUCAAAUUAUAUGAAAUAAUUAAUUUAAACUUAAAAACCUGAUAUUACAAAUAUUCGUCUUGGAAAUUAAUACUUAACCACUUUAAUUCUUUAGGCAUCUCUAACACCUUCAUACAUCAAAGUAUUUAUCUUUAAAAAAAUUGUGUCAGUAUUAUGAAAAUUAGGGCAUGUUGUGUUGAUGUAAAUAGGAUAUAUAAGUUUAUAAUUGUGUGCUUUAUUCUAAUAGUGCUUAGUUGCAAAAUAAUUGCUUAAAAAGCAACUUUAAACUUGUGAUGAACUCAACUUACUUAUAACACAAGAUAGUUAGUACUGAAUUUAAUAAAUUCUUCUAUUAAAAUAUAAGAAUGAUUUGUUUAAGUGUUACAAAAUCAAAUCCUGAUAAAUCAGCCAAAAAUUGAUCAAAACAUAUAACCAACUGUGUGUUUUUGUUUGGGAUAUUGCUGGCCAGUUUUAUUGGGUACGAAGGCCAGUUUGAGCAUAUUCAACAUUUAUCAUUUUCUAUUUAGAUUAGGAGAAAUAUAAAAAUGAAAUGACUUUAUAGGCAGAAGGAUUGUUAUGAUAGAUAGAUAGAUAGAUAGAUACAAAAUUAAAGACACUGAACAAAGGGGAAAUAACUGUCCUAACCCCAAUAAAGGGAGACAAAUUUUAUCAUUACUUUCAAUCUGCUCUUAAAGUCUAUUGAUUAUAGAUCUGUUUUACAUUGUCAUAUUUGUGAUUAAAUCACAAAGGACAUAAUUGGUGCAAUAGAAAAAGUUUUUCAGUGAAGUAACAAAAGGAAAAUCCAAGAUUUUCACCAUGAAUAAAGUAAACUGACGUCUCGUCAGGUGGUGUGUAGGUAAUGUAAAACAGAUAUAUUUACGAGUGAAACUUGUGUAUAUAUAUAUAUAUGUAUGGAAUAUUGAACUCGCAGUUUUGCUCUACGUUUGUUUUCAAUCUGUAUAUCUGUUUAUGCUUUGAAAUUCACCUUCUUUUUUCGAGAUAUCUGUACAGCAAAGUUGCGAGUUAAGGAUUGGAUGGGCUUGAUUCUAUUUUAUGAAAUAUAUGUAAUAUAUGAUAUAGUUAUCAAAUUUUUUUAAAUUCUAAGUGACUUCAUAUGUUUUGUUCACUUGAAUUUGCUAUUUUAAGGGGUCAUUACAAAAGUUUUUAUGUAAGGAUUUUGGGGCAGUCUGGGAGGAUAAUUAUCUGCCCUUGUUUUAUAUAUUGCCAGUGCUUAAUAUCAGUGUGACAAACAGGGUAAUGCAAUACAUAUAAAUGUCGCUUAUUGAAAGUAAAUGAGGAAUGUGUAGUUUAUAUAAUGAAUGAAAUAAUAUAAAAACUUUCAAGUACUAAACACUUGAAGGAUUUUCCAAUUUUUUUUAGAUGAACAAAAUGUAUGAUCAUUUUUGAAAUGACCUCUUAUAAAGUUGAAAAAAAAACUGCUGUGUACUUUGCUGAAUUGAAUUGUAUGGGAAGAAAGUUGUGUGUGUUGUGAAGUUAAAAAAAAAGAGAAAAAAAAAGAUGCAGGGAUAUUAAAGGAGUUAUAUAUAUAUAUUUUUUGAAUUGUCAAAUGAAGUUAAUUUCUUAAACAAUAUAUAGGGCAUUUUUAAAAAUUUCAUGUUUUUCAUUAUUAAACAAAAAGAAAUUCAUGUUUAUAUGUAAAAAGACAUUGUCACUGUUUAGCAGAUGGAUGGUUUAUAUUUUGGAUGUGAUAUUUGCCAAGCAGUGAUAAUGUAAAUAAUGUGUUGUUCCAUUUCAAUAUGAUCUCAUACAUUUUCAUCAUUUUAAAAUGUGGCAAUACUAUGUCAUGUGACUGUGUCAGCUGACUUGUCUAAUAAUAUCUACCGUUAGGUAUAAACACUUGCUUCUAUUUAAUUAACAAUUGAAAACUACAGGAUGAAAUUCACAAGCUUAAUUGAACUUAUUUUUGUAUAACAUGAAUGUAUUUCAAAUUUUAUUAUCAAAUGUGAAAUGAUGAUUUUUUGAUGAAUGACAAAAUUAAAUCAUAAACACUUUUCAUUGUAUGAAAUCUUCAAAAAGGAAUUUCGUUUGGGGGGGGGGAUCAAGGAAUUUAAAAAAUCUUUUUGUUUAAUUGGGAUUUCUAAAAUAUGCACAAUCUACACAAAUAUUACCAAAAAGGGCAUAGAAAUGAAACUGAGACAAUUAUUUUUUGCACUAUUGAUGAGUUUGCACGAAUAUGUAAAAUUUGAUUGGUGUGAAGCAAUGAUUGGAUUUUCUGAUAAAAUAAAUUUUAACUCUUAUCACACAUAUUUGAAAAAAAAUCAGUUGUUGUGUUAAAUAAAUGUGUUAAUGAUCAGAUCAAGUUAAGUCUUGUACAUUGUUAUUGCCAUAAGAAAAAUAAAACUUGGAAAAAUCCA